AUGAAUAACGAGGGAAACAAUUAUGAUGAAGAGGGGAGGUUCAAUCCUCUAAUGGAUGGGGGGGAACAACAAUAUCCACCCGCUCCUCCAUUAGGGAAUCUUCAUGGGAUAACGGCGGACCAAAUUAAACUUCGGAUGUUUCCUUUUUCCUUGAGGGACAAGGCUAGCAUUUGGUUGCAUUCUCUACCUAAUGAGUCCAUUCACAAUUGGAGGGAGUUGGCUCAAGCCUUCCUUAACAAAUAUUUCCCUCAUGGCAAGACUACAAAGUUGACUAAAGACAUACUUGAGUUUGUCCAAUUUGAAGGAGAAUCACUUCAUGAAGCAUGGGAGCGGUUCAAAGAUUUACAACGAAGUGUACCCCAUCAUCGGCUCAAUAGAGAGCAUGUUAUACAAAUCUUCUAUGAUGGGACGAAUGUCACUACCCGAGCUACUAUCGAUGCGGCUUCGGGGGGGUCACUCAUGCAAAAGACCUAUGAGGAAGCCCUUGAAUUGGUGGAGAAAUUGGCCGUGGUUAGUAGUACUUGGGGUCCUAUGGAAAGAAGAGCGCCACCUACUCAAAAGUCACUCAUGACUCUUGAUCAAGUGAGGGAGAUGGAGUCCAUCAAAGCCGCAAAUGCUUCGCUUCAAGCUCAAGUGGAUGCUCUCAAGAAACAAGUCGCUCCGAUGCAAAGAAACGCUCCGGUGGCUUAUGUGCAAGUAGGUUGUGAAUUUUGUGGUGAUUUUGGCCAUUCGGGAGGAGAAUGCCUAGUUACGGGUCAAGCCUUGAGUGAGCAAGUCAACUACAUAGGGGGACAAAGCUUCCAAGGUGGAAAUAGACCUCCCCAACAACAAGGGAAUUACCAUCACAAUCAAGGUCAUGGCAACAAUGCGGGUGCUAGACCUCAACAUCCUCCCGGGUUUCAACCUCAAAGAAACAUGGAUGAAGGGAAUAUGCUUGCUAAGUUAAUGGAUGAGCUUAGAGAGAUGAAGCAACUUCAAAAGAAUCAAGCCGCCACUAAUCAAAUGCUUGAGACUCAAAUCUCUCAACUUGCUAUCAAUCUUCAAGCGAGUGUGGAAGAGUUUAAUCAAGACGGAGUGACGGAAAAUCAAAAUCUGGGUUCCCUACAUGAGUGUCUCGAAUCGAGACACCCAACUAAAGAGAGUGUCUCGAUUCGAGACACUAAUGAAAAGGGAGCAGAAGCUUCCUAUGGUGUUGUCUCGAUUCGAGACAGUCCCAUAAGUAGACUGUCUCGAAUCGAGACAAGAGCAAAAGGAGGGGACCCAAAUUUUUCUGAAAUUUCGAAAGUCACCUUCCAUUCCGAUAAUCCGAGUGAUGAGUAUUCCGAGGAGGAUGAACCUAAGCCGGAGAAUUUGAACAAGAGUAGUGGUGUGACUCCACCAUCUUCCGAGGUGCCACCACAAGUUGAGUUGAAGCCACUUCCAUCUCAUCUCCGGUAUACCUUUAUUGGGGAGAAUGAGACCUUGCCAAUAAUCAUCUCGAACAAGCUUUCUAAGGAACAAGAGAGGAGGGUGGUACAAGUGGUGAAGGAACAUGUAUUAGCAAUAGGGUGGCAAAUCUCCGACAUUCGUGGAAUAAGUCCUCAAAUUGUGAUGCAUAAGAUCAAUCUCGAAGAUGAGUCAAAGAAGUCGGCUCAAAGGCAACGAAGAUUGAAUCCGAAUAUGAAGGAGGUAGUGCACAAAGAAAUUGUUAAGCUCCUCGACGCCGGAAUAAUCUACCCUAUUUCGGAUAGUGAGUGGGUAAGCCCAAUCCAAUGUGUCCCUAAGAAGGGCGGUAUGACAAUGGUGGAGAAUGAAAAAGGAGAACAAAUAUCCACAAGGACGGUAACCGGUUGGCGAGUAUGCAUCGAUUAUCGGAAGCUCAAUGAGGUAACCCGAAAGGAUCACUUCCCGCUACCAUUUAUCGAUCAAAUGUUAGAGAGGGUAGCGGGACACAAAUUCUACUGUUUCCUUGAUGGGUACUCCGGGUACAAUCAAAUAUUAAUCCUCCCGGAAGAUCAAGAGAAGACGACCUUCACAUGCCCCUACGGUACCUUUGCAUAUCGGCGAAUGCCCUUCGGACUAUGCAACGCACCCGCCACAUUUCAAAGAUGUAUGACCUCAAUCUUUAACGACAUGAUUGAGGAUAUUAUGGAGGUGUUCAUGGACGAUUUCUCCGUGUUUGGCGACUCAUUCGAUGGUUGUUUGGCGAACUUAAGGCGGGUUUUAGCAAGAUUGGAUAGGGCAAAAACAGAGGUUAUUGAAAAAUUAGUAGCUCCGGCUACGGUCAAAGGAGUUCGGGCAUUUUUAGGCCAUGCGGGCUUCUACCGGCGAUUCAUUAAGGACUUUUCAUCUAUUGCACGGCCCUUGACGAGAUUGUUAGUUAAAGAUGCGCCGUUUGAAUUCACAGAGGAAUGUCAAGGUGCUUUUGAGAAACUUAAGGAGGCACUUGUGACCGCGCCAAUUAUAUCGUCUCCGGAUUGGAACUUGCCCUUUGAGCUCAUGUGUGAUGCGAGUGACCAAGCCUUAGGGUGUGUUUUGGGUCAAAGGAAGGAUAAGAAAGUCCACGUGAUUUACUACGCGAGCCGGACCAUGGCGGGAGCUCAACUCAAUUAUACCACAACCGAAAAAGAGAUGUUGGCGGUGGUAUUUGCGUUAGACAAGUUUCGGCAAUAUUUGCUCGGAUCAAAGGCCAUCAUUUAUACCGAUCAUGCCGCCUUGAGAUAUCUUUUUGCUAAGCAAGACGCAAAACCAAGGCUUAUUCGAUGGAUUCUUUUAAUGCAAGAGUUUGAUGUAGAAAUCCGAGACAAAAAGGGAACGGAGAACGUUGUGGCGGAUCACCUAUCACGGUUAGAAACUCCGGAACCUAUUCCAAUUGGUGUUGAUAUUAAUGAACGGUUCCCGGAUGAAAUGUUGAUGGUAAUCUCGGAAGUGGAGACACCUUGGUAUGCGGAUAUAGCUAAUUACUUGUCUUCCAAUGUCAUGCCACCGGAUCUAUCGCACCAUCAAAAGAAGAAAUUUCUGAGUGAUGUGAAACGUUUUUUGUGGGACGAGCCGUAUCUUUUCAAGAUAUGUGGUGAUGGGAUGAUCCGGAGGUGUGUAUCUUUGAAGGAAUUUGUGGGGCAUUGCGAUCGUUGUCAACGAGUAGGGAACAUUUCCAAACGAGAUGAGAUGCCAUUGACCUCAAUCCAAGAGGUGGAGAUCUUUGAUGUGUGGGGCAUAGAUUUCAUGGGGCCAUUUCCGAUGUCUCAUGGAAACCUUUUUAUCUUGGUUUGUGUGGAUUACGUAUCGAAAUGGGUAGAAGCGGAGGCUUUACCUACAAACGAUGCCAAGGUAGUGGUGAAGUUUCUCAAGCGUCUAAUUAACCGAUUUGGGACUCCAAGGGUUAUCAUUAGUGAUGGGGGGUCGCAUUUUUGCAACCGGCAAUUUGAGGUUUUGAUGAAAAAGUACAAUGUGUACCACCGAGUUGCUACCCCCUAUCACCCCCAAACGAGUGGCCAAGUGGAAGUUUCGAAUCGUGAAUUGAAGAGAAUUUUAGAGAAGACAGUAAAUGGGACAAGAAAGGAUUGGUCCCUCAAGUUGGAUGAUGCCUUAUGGGCCUACCGCACGGCAUUUAAGACACCUCUCGGUAUGUCGCCUUAUCGAAUUGUGUAUGGUAAGGGGUGUCACUUGCCGGUUGAAUUAGAACACAAAGCCUAUUGGGCAAUUAAAAAGUUGAACUAUGACUUCAAGGCGGCCGGUGAGAAGCGGUUGUUGCAACUUAAUGAGCUAGAUGAAUUCCGACUUGAUGCUUAUGAGAAUGCCAAACUUUAUAAAGAAAGAACGAAGAAAUGGCAUGAUGCUCACAUCUCACCCAAGUCAUUUGAAGUUGGAGCUUUUGUGUUGCUCUAUAAUUCAAGGUUGCGGUUGUUUCCGGGAAAAUUAAAAUCUCGGUGGAGUGGUCCGUAUAAGAUCCGGCACGUGGCGGUUCAUGGAGCAAUAGAAUUAGAAAAUCAAAAGGGAGAGACAUUCAAGGAGUUCGAUGAAGCAUUUCGUCGGAAAAAAAUUCAAGGUUCCCCAACAAAGGAAAAACAGAAUAAUCUGUUUUCCCUUGUCUCGAAUCGAGACAAGCCUCUUAGGAAGCUGUCUCGAUUCGAGACAAGAGAAGCAGAUUAUUCUGCUUCUCAACUUUUGGUGUCUCGAAUCGAGACACCUGAUUAA